AUGCUGGAUGAGUUUAACACACACGCUAAAUCAUUUAGAAUGGCUGCAGAUAGAUUAAAGGAUACUCUCGUGCCUGAUCUAAAGCUGAAGUUAAUAGCUGACAGAUCAAAAUAUGGAAGAACGUACAACCAACCGACUGUUUCGGAGGUAGCUGCACUUAUCGUUGGUGAUGUUGAUAUAGGUUCUAAAAGGGAUAUAAUUAUUGAAAAACAGAUCGGAAAGCUGAAAAGAAUAAGUGAGUUUCAUCCAAGUUAUCUUGCGUUACAGUAUCCGCUUUUGUUUCCAUUUGGGGAAGAUGGUUGUAGACUUGGUGUUCUACACAGAGAUAUAAGUGUAAUUAAAAAAGGUAAGCAAAAUAAGGUUACCAUUAGAGAAUGGCUAGCUUUUAGGAUUCAAAGUCGUCAUAAUGAAGCACAUACUCUUUUGAGGUCAAGGCGGUUGUUUCAGCAAUUUUUGGUCGAUGGAUUUACUAUGAUGGAGUCCCAAAGAUUGAAUUAUAUCCGCAAGCACUCAAUCUGUCUCUCUCGAACAAAGGGAAAACACUCAAGAGGCAAACAAAGGUAA